UCCUCAGAGAAUAAAAGUACGACCCUUUUGUGUCUAUUUUUCUGGGUUCUUCAGUUUCCUCUUCGUUUUCUGAUUCUUACGUUCCAAACAUAUUUAGAAAAAUAAGGGAAAGAGCGAGAAAGUGGUUGUGUUUGGUUGCAGAGCGUCGACAGGACUGGAAAUGAAGAAGUCACCGCUGCCGCUACAGAGCAUUCGCGGUUCCGUGAAGCAGGUUUGCGGAAAGGAAGCUCUGGCGAAACUUCUGAGGUGGCAUUUCGGUCAUGCUGAAUUUAGAGGCAGGCAGUUUGAAGCCAUCGAAGCUGUUCUCUCGGGGAGAGAUUGUUUUUGUCUGAUGCCAACUGGUGGAGGGAAGUCAAUGUGUUAUCAGAUCCCUGCACUGGCGAAACCAGGAAUUGUGCUUGUUGUUUGUCCUCUAAUAGCCUUAAUGGAAAACCAAGUUAUGGCUUUGAAGGAGAAAGGAAUUGCGGCUGAAUAUCUCUCUUCAAUCCAAACAUCACACGCCAAAAACAAGAUCCACGAGGACCUUGAUUCUGGAAAACCAUCACUUAGGCUGCUGUAUGUAACGCCAGAACUGAUUGCAACUCCUGGGUUCAUGUCAAAGCUGACUAAGAUCUAUGCUAGAGGGUUGUUGAAUCUCAUUGCCAUAGAUGAGGCACAUUGCAUCUCAACUUGGGGCCAUGAUUUCAGGCCUAGCUACCGUAAGCUUUCAUCUCUGCGGAACCGGCUUCCUGAUGUACCAAUACUGGCUUUGACAGCUACUGCUGUUCCUAAAGUUCAGCAGGAUGUGAUAGAGUCCUUAUGCUUGCAAAACCCAUUAGUCCUAAAAUCAUCUUUUAAUCGUCCUAAUAUAUAUUAUGAAGUUCGAUACAAAGAUCUUCUAGAUGAUGCCUAUGCCGAUUUGUCUAAUCUACUCAAAGUGACUGGAGAUGUUUGUGCAAUUGUAUAUUGCCUUGAACGUACAACCUGUGAUGACUUGUCUGCUCAUCUAUCAAAAACUGGCAUUUCAUCUGCUGCUUAUCAUGCAGGACUGAAUAAUAAAGUGCGGACAUCUGUUUUAGAUGAUUGGAUUUCUUCUAAGAUACAAGUAGUAGUGGCCACAGUAGCUUUUGGGAUGGGUAUUGAUAGAAAGGAUGUCAGAAUUGUUUGCCACUUUAAUAUUCCAAAGUCAAUGGAAGCCUUCUAUCAAGAGUCAGGUAGAGCUGGCCGUGAUCAGUUACCCUCAAAAAGUCUUUUGUACUAUGGAAUGGAUGAUCGCAAAAGAAUGGAAUUUAUUCUUAGCAAUAGUGAGAAGAAUAAGUUACAGUCCUUGAGGUCAGAGGAAGGAUUGUCAAAAAACUCCUUGACUGACUUCAUUCAGAUGGUUGAGUUUUGCGAAGGUUCUGGAUGCCGAAGGAAAAAGAUUCUUGAGAGUUUUGGGGAACAGGUACCUGCAUCACUAUGUAGAAAAUCAUGUGAUGCUUGCAAACAUCCAAACUUAGUGGCCAAGCAUUUGGAGGAACUCACAACUACUUGUGCUGUUCGGCAGAAAAGUAGUUUUUCUCAAAUUUUUAUAAGCAGCUCCUCAGAUAUGAUUGACGGAGAACAAUUUUCUGAAUUCUGGAAUCAUGAUAAUGAUGAGAGAAGAGAUUCUGAUGAGGAUAUAUCUGACUAUGAUGACGAUACCACUAAAGCUGUUCAGAGCCUAGCAGGGUCAAAGUUACCAUCACAUUUGGGACUAGACGAGAAGAUGGAGUUUUUACAGCGUGCAGAAGAAAGAUAUUACCAGAAUAAUAUCUCUGAUAGACAGAAUAAGAAACUAGAGAAGAAUGUCAUAUCUGAGACUUCGAGGGAAUCAAGCAAGCAAAGAUUACAAAAUGCUCUAAAGCAGGCUCAGCAGCGGCUUGGCAACUUGAAAAUUGAUGUGGAAACGUCCGCUUGUUUCCUUGAGAAGGAGUGCUACAAGAAAUAUGGGAAGACUGGAAAAUCAUUUUAUUAUUCACAAGUGGCGAGUACUGUAAGGUGGCUGUCAACCACAAGUUUGUCGGAGUUAACAACUCGGCUUGGCACUGCCACCAGUUUGACCUCGGAGGACAUUUUGUCUAAAGCAGAGCCUUCUACAACAUCAUUGCCUUUGUUGGAUCAGGGACCAACAAAAUUCACAAGCGAAGAGCUCAAUGGCAGCUCUAGAUCGGAGAUUUCUUUAGGAGUUUCACCACUACAAAGUACUUCCUCUAGUACAGAUCUUCCGGUAAUUCCAUCGUUCUCCGAUUAUGUCAACAGCAGAAAGGCAAAAGGAAGCCUAACUAAUACAUCACAAAAGCAAUUACCUAGAACAACAGUUCAGAAGAACCCCGGGAAAAGGAUGAAAUUGUAACAAGGCUUUUUUUCUGUUCUCAAGUAAUUAUUGCUUCGGUUCAUACAGUUUCGGGGAAGUAGUGUUCGAAUGAGAUUGCAAAACUUUUAGAAUGAUGUAUUUUUAUUAUAUGCAUUCUAGUGUAUAUGGAAUACUAUCUGUCGACCCGACAGAAACGUUGUAGCGCUUUUGAAAAAUCGAAUGUCGUUUAUCCAA